UUGUCUGAUUAAUCUUGAAGGGAUACAAGUGUUUAUAUAGGAGGACGGCCUCCUCGAAACCCUAAUUUACUUGGGCUAAGCCCCUAAUUUACUUGGGCUAAGCCCAUAACUAGCCACUAGUGGGCUUCCUACGUGUAUAGGUCAGACCGACCAUAACAAAAUCCUUGUAUUUUCUUGCUACUAGUGAUUGCCAAUAAAGCUGUGUUUGGUACUAAUUUUUAGGCUGCAGAUCUCCAGAUUGUAUGGUUUUAUUUUUCAAAUGCUAGAGUAUGUGCAGAAGCUGCUCGGCUUGGAUCCAUCGAGAGACACGACAUAACUUCAAAUCUCCCCUGGCACACCAACACGACUCACCCACUCCCAGCCCAUAAAGGACCUCAAAUUACCUCCCAAGUUUAUCAAAAUGUAUUGGAGUUGAGAAUUGUUCCAUCUCACUGCAUAUCACAGCGCCCACACUACUGGCUACUAGAAGUACAUCACUCAGCCCGGUGAACUCCUGCAUUGCUUCCAAGUAAAACAUAAAAUAGACUACUUGUUAGGAUUUUAAAGGUUCUCAUCAGGCUUACACCCUAAAACACUACCCUGGGAAGGUGGGAAGAAAAAGAAACUCCAAGCACCUAUAAAAUGACCCAAUCAACAUGGUUCCCCCAUCACAUCUUCUGCAGCGAUGCAGUGGAGCAGCUAGCUCAAUUUCAUGGCUGAACAGGCAGCUGACAUUCCAGUUAGUUACAGCAGCUCCUCCACUUCACCAACCAGCAGCAUCUGGGAGAGCCAACAGAUCAUGCAGAUCCACGCACCACUCCCCUCAUGGAGCCCCCACAACGGCACGCUCCUUGUCUCCGCUACCACUGACCCUGUAGCCUUCUCCAUGGUCCCUUCGUCAUCGUCCCGCUCGCACCUGCCGAGUGGGCAUCUAUGGAAUAAGACUGUCCUCAAUACCAGAGCUCAUGGGAGCAGCAGUGAGCAUGGUGGGGGCAACGGCCAUGGAAAGGACUUUCUUUCCUUGCUUGAAGCGAGGAAGGUGAUGCCAGAGAUGCUCGAUGAUUUCCCCGCUGCGGCAUGCGACUACCUCAAAGGCAUGGACAGUGGUGACUACAGCAGCAUGGCCGGAUCAUCUACCUACGGUUUGGACAGCAGUGGCCCAUACACUGGCUCCAGUCCUCCGCUCACCAGGCAUGACGAGGUUCUGAAAUCUCCACCAGUGUACCUGGGGAACAGUACUUUGGUGCAAGGGAGCGUGAUGGGCUUCAUGCCAAGCCAGAAUCAUGAGGUACAACAAGAUGGUGACCAGCAGCAGGAGCUUGGAGCUCCCACUGGGACAUUUCUGCACCAUAUGAUUCCUAGUAGUGGUGCGAUUCAUGGAAGCUCUCUGGGUUAUUCUGGCUCUGGGAAUGAAAGGGUUUUUCAUGAGUCCGGAGAAAUGCAGGUUUCUUUUGAUGCUUUGAGUUCGCUGGAUGCUAUCUCUUUUAGUGGCUACAGAUCAAACAAAGAAUUGACACAUAUCAGUCAAUAUGAGCAACAUACUAUAUCGGUAAGACUGGAGCAGCCAAAGGCAAGGACUAGUAGUAGAAGUGCAAGUGGCGCUGCAGGUGAUCCUAAGAAGAGAAAAUCAGAAGAAAAUUUGGGAGGCAAUGGAAAGAAGUCGAAGCAAGAUACUUCAAUUACAUCACCUCCCAAGGCAGAAGUGCCUAGCGUGAAGUUGGGAGAGAGGGACAAGAUCAUAGCAUUGCAGCAGACCAUCUCACCGUAUGGAAAGACGGAUAGGGCAUCAGUGUUGUCUGAAACCAUCAAGCACAUCGAAUAUCUACAUGAGCAAAUACAGUUACUUAGUGAACCCUACAUGGAGCAUAUCACAAAUAAGGCGCCCUUUCAAUGGGGAGGUAAAGAGGAGCAGAAGGCAGAGCAUGAUUUGAGAGGUAGAGGGCUGUGCUUGGUUCCUGUUUCGUGCACCCCACAAGUUUUCCAGGGUAAUAGCCUGCCGGAUUGCUGGAUGCCGGCGUACAAGAGCCCCCUUUACCGAUGAUCUCGACAGUUGCGUGUUUUGCUCAUCAGCCUGUGAUUAUGACACUGACGGAUUGGUUGGGCUGUUAAUGGGAAGCCGAUUGUUUUGCUUUGCUUUCUCCGUGUUUAACUUAGUACGUAAUUAUUGUUUUCGUUUCCAGUGCCCUGUUUUGCUGUUGAUUUGUAUGUAGUCUAGAAUUAAAAGUUGGGGAAUCCCUAGCUUUGAGCAAAAUCCGUCCUGAUGCCGGUAAGAUGAUAGGGCAUGGUAUUUGUUCAGGGCUGAUUGUUAACUCCAACCCACUGGUUGUGAACUACUACAUGCCAUUAUUGUCUUUUGGAGGUUGAUA